AUGGAGGGCGAGAAAACAUUUUUGAACACGUUUAACAUUCUCGAAGAGCUCGGUAUAGACAACGCGUCCGCCUGUGACUGCGCGAUCGUUGGCCACGUUUGCACCGUCGUCUCUACCCGUGCUGCUAAUCUCUGUGGAGCAGCCAUCGCGGUACUCAUCAAUCGAAUCAAAAAGCCAAAGGUCACUGUCGGCGUCGAUGGCUCGGUGUACCGAUUUCAUCCGACUUUCUCUCGCAACCUUGAAAUCGUGGUAUCACGACUGAUCGAUCCCGGUCUUCAGUUUGAAAUGAAACUGUCCGAAGACGGAAGCGGGCGCGGUGCUGCACUCGUAGCUGCAGUCGCUCAUCGACUUCGCAAGGAGGGAAUUUCUUGA